AUGCCAUUCGGGGUAACGAAUGCUCCUGUUGUCUUUAUGGAUUACAUGAACCGGGUGUUUCAACCAUAUUUGGAUCAGUUCGUGGUAAUCUUUAUAGACGACAUAUUGAUAUACUCACGGACUAUCGAAGAGCACAUGGAGCAUUUGAGGAUUGUGUUGUCGGUUCUCAGAGAAAAGCGGUUGUUUGCGAAGUUUAGCAAGUGUGAGUUCUGGAUGUCUGAAGUCAAGUUUCUUGGACAUGUCAUAUCUGGCGGCGGCGUAGCUGUAGACCCUUCAAAGGUAGAAGCAGUAAUAAAUUGGGAACGACCCAAGAAUGCAACUGAGGUCCGUAGUUUCCUAGGCUUGGCAGGUUACUAUCGGAGGUUCAUCAUGGGAUUUUCCAAGCUAGCAUUACCUUUGACCAGGCUUACAAGGAAGGAGGUUUCGUUAAGUUGGAAUUCAGAAUGUGAGAAGAGUUUUCAGAAACUCAAGGAGAAAUUAACUACAACUCCAGUGUUGGUGAUCCCAGAUCCGAACUGA